AUGGGUACAAGCAGUGGCCUCUGGAACACUGCCACUACCUGGACCACCCGAACUCAACCCUGUACUACCACUCUUACGUCGACUACGACCAGGACCUUUACGCCAACCCAGACAACAUCCACGGUUACUGUCACCAGCACAACCACCUUGGUAGGAUCAACCUCAUUCGCAACUGUAACUCAGACCACGACGACCACUAGCACCAUCGACACAACCACGACAGUAACAACUUCAACUACGACGACGACUACUAGCACUAUUUCAACCUCCACGACAACCGUAGCUGCGCCAGCCCUGUUUACUCCUGUUCAGACUUCCCUUCCAGGCUCCACGUACAGCGGAUCAGGCGGCAUUGACCCUGUCGGUAAGCGAUCAGUCAAGCCCGGACACCAGCGUGAACAAAGCUCGAAGCCAGGCCUUUCCGAGUGGCUUUAUCCCAAGGGAGUCACUUGUCAUCACUGGGUAUCAGACACGUGUUCGACAACGAUUACGACCACUACGUCGACUAUCACCGCCACGGGAAAGACAGUAACCGUUACCUCGACCUCCACCGCCACCACCACUUCGAUUCCGUCUGGCGUCACCACGACCACGACCACGGCAACAGCUACGACGGUCAGCACUAUCACCGACAUCUCAACCUCCACUUCGACUGCUACGACCACAACAGUCCUCACAACCACGACACUCUACGCAGCCUGUGCGAGCAACAACCUUGCCGACACAUAUAUUGGUGGUGGGCAUUUCAUCGAAGGCGAGGGAGGUUUCGAGACCGUCAGCACCACCACAACGGAUACCGCAUACGACUGCUGUGUUGCUGCCCUCUUGGAUAAUGGUGGAGAUACGAACGUCUGGGUUUUCGAACCCGCGAGUGGCGAAUGCGAUAUCGGCGAAACAGACGACACUUGUCCCGACCCAGCCACCAACCCAUCUACUGUUAUCACUUCUCCAGAUGGAACCCUCGUCAUAGGUAACGGUUACUGCGGCGAAUUUGCUGUGGCAGAGCCAGAAUUCUCGGGCAUUCCGAAGUAA